UCUUCUCACCAUGUGGCUGUGCCUGGUGGCCCUGGUGGGCCUGUACCACCUCCUGCGCUGGUACCGGGAGAGGCAGGUGGUGAGCCACCUCCGGGACAAGUACGUCUUCAUCAUGGGCUGUGACUCGGGCUUCAGGAAACUGCUGGCCAGGCAGCUGGACCUGCGAGGACUCAGGGUGCUGGCUGCGUGUCUGACCGAGAAGGGGGCCCAGAAGCUGAAGGGCCAGACGUCAGAUAGGGUGGAGACGGUAAUCCUGGAUGUCACCAACACACAGAGCAUCGCUGCGGCCACCCAGUGGGUGAAAAAGCGUGUGAGGGACAGAGAUUUUGAAACCACAAGAAAAGGGCUGUCGCAAAUUAGCCCAAACAUGAGCCUGGUCACGGACUGCAUGGAACACGCUCUGACAUCUGUGCAUCCCCGCACUUGAUAUUCAGCUGGCUGGGAUGCUCAAUUUUUCUUCAUCCCUCUAUCUUAUUUACCUACAUCACUGGCAGACUACAUAUUGACUAGACCCUGGCCCAAACCAGCCCAGGAAGUCUAAAGAAAACUGGCUUGGUGGCUCUUGAAAUGAAGAAGGCAAAAAUCUGAAAUUGAUUGUUAGUG